GGCCAACUGACCGGAUUAUAAGCUAGUAACAAGAAGGAAAAUGCAAUGGCUGGCAUAUACUCAUUAUCUUAUCCCCAAUGGCCAUUACCUUACACCUCCCCAACAACAUCACUCCUGCACGAUACUCAUCACUACCUAGCCAGUUUACUACCAACCAACCUCACGUCGAUUUCCAUUUCCAAAACCCAAAAACACACAAACAAAUUCCUUCCAGGCUAACAGCCAUAGCCAGCGCCCACCGAAACCACCAAACAAACAGCAGGAAAAAAAAGUGCAACGUUAAAAUACAGGGCCGAGAGUGACUGAUAGCGAAGCAAGCCGACAAAUUCCCUUCCCUCCUCUCCUUAUAGAUGUUCCCGAAGCUCCCUCCUCCAGCUCUCACCUUGCUAAUCCGAUCCUCUCGUUCAGUCCCAAGCUACAACUAGAAGCCCAGAAAAACCCACAACAUAAAAUCAACAAUUCUCCUCUCACACGCAUUACGUCGAACACCAUAGCUGCAAUAUGGAUCCCUGCCCAUUCGUCCGCCUAAUCAUCGAAUCACUAGCCCUCAAGCUCCCCUUCGCCACCAAGCCCGCCGGCUCCGGCGUCCACCCCACCGCCACCCCCUGCUUCUGCGUCCUCAAAAUCAAGGGCUUCCCCACCCAAACCGCUCUCCUGCCCCUCUGCUCCUCCUCCAAUUCUUCAUCCCACGACGACUCCUCCGGCCUCGGCCCCGACACCGCCACCUCCGCGCCCGGGUUCCACCUCGACGCCGCCGCCCUCCGCCGCGUCUCGGGAAAGCCGGUUUCCCUCCGGGUCUCGGUCUACACCGGCGGGAUGGGCCGGACCUGCGGGGUCAGCGGCGGGAAGCUGCUGGGAAAGCUUCAGGUGAGCGUGGAUUUGGGGAAGAAUGCCGAGUCCUGUAGGUCGACUGUGUUUCAGAACGGAUGGCUGACUCUCCGGUGCCAGCCGGGCAAACCCGCCGCGAGAAUUCACUUGGCGUGCCGCGCCGAGCCCGACCCGCGGUUCGUGUUCCAGUUCGGCGGCGAGCCCGAGUGCAGCCCCGUGGUUUUCCAGAUCCAGGGCAGCAUCCGGCAGCCGGUCUUCAGCUGCAAGUUCAGCGCUGACCGGAAUUCCCGCUCCCGAUCCCUGCCCUCAGAUUACAACAACGCAUCUUCCUCCAACGGCGCUUGGACCAAAACAUUCUCCACCCGGGAGAGAGAAAAGGCCAGCCGGCGGGAACGAAAGGGAUGGAUGAUAAUGAUCCACGACCUCUCCGGUUCGCCUGUAGCCGCGGCCUCAAUGAUCACCCCGUUCGUCCCCUCACCCGGGUCGGACCGGGUCUCCCGAUCCAACCCGGGGGCCUGGCUGAUCCUCCGACCCCACGGGUUCUCGGUCAGCACGUGGAAGCCGUGGGGCCGGCUCGAGGCGUGGCGGGAGCGCGGCGCCGUGGACGGCCUGGGGUACAAGUUCGAGCUGAUGACCGAGACCAACGGUCGGGUCGCGAUAGCCGAGGGGACCGUCGGGGUGAAGAAGGGCGGGCGGUUCGAAAUUGAUGGGAGGACGGUUCGGGGCUCGGUUUCUCGGUUGGCCUCGGUGAAGGGGUUCGUGAUGGGUUCAACCGUGGAAGGGGAAGGCAAGGUUAGUAAACCCGUGGUUCAGGUUGGGGUUCAGCACGUGACCUGCACGGCCGAUGCGGCUCUGUUUGUGGCGCUAUCCGCUGCGGUCGAUCUCAGCAUGGACGCUUGUAGGUUGUUUUCGAGUAAGCUGAGGAAGGAGCUGUGUCACGAUGAUCAGGAUGGUUUGUGAAGUAAUCGCGGUAAAUGUUUUUUUUUAAUGCGGUGAUGACCAAUAGGGUGGGAGUGGGAGUAAAAAAGUAAUUAACUGUUGGUUUGAGCGAGUGGUUAAUUGUUGGUUUAAUUUUGAUUUUCGGCCUCUUUUCACUGGGUUGAUGAUUGGGAUGAGCUGUAAUUGGGCUUAACUGGCAGGAGGGCCCAUGGAUCUUUUGCUGGAUUUGGUUGACAUCAGACCACCAAGUCUCCUUGUUGGUUGGUUUUGGGUAGGGGAAUUCUUUUGUUGUUAUUUAUUAAAUCGGUAUUUUUGUACAAGUUAAUGGUUUAAUGUAUAGAAAAAAUUGAGGAAUUAUUUUGUUAAUAAUUAUA